GCCUCUUCACCUUUUCCUGAUGCAACCUCUAGGCUAACGCACAGGAAACAAGCUAAGGUCACAUCCAUCCUGGGGCCACUGGCUUCGCCCUUUGAGCGCGAUGAAGGUCGUGUUCGUGCAUUUGGACCUCGGGAUCGGUGGGGCGGAGAUGCUGGUGGUGAACGCUGCGGUGGCCGCAUGCCGAGCCGGGCACGACGUGGUGAUAUACACGUCGCACCACGAUGAGAGCCGUUGCUUCAAGGAGACCACGGGGCAAGGCGUCCUUGCGGGAAGAAUCCGGGUACGGGGGGACUGGCUUCCGAGACAUCUCGCUUUCGGCCGUUUCACUGCGCUUUGCGCCGUAACAAGGAUGCUGUGGCUUGCCGUCUGCGUCGUGGCAAGCGAAACCGUUGCCGCCCUUGUGGCCUCGGAAACGGGGGGGGAUGGUGGGGGGGUUGGGCUUGGCGACGGCAAUGCAAGGAGCGAGGUGGUUCCGACGAGGGAAGGAACAGAAGACGAGGAAGGCAGAAAAAAGGGUGCUGCUACGGUUGUGUUUUGCGACGGGGUGUCCGCGCCCGUGCCUCUUCUACGACUAGCAGGACCGGUGCUGUUCUACUGCCACUUUCCGGACAAGCUUCUCUGCGUGCGAAGGGGGUCGGCUCUGAAGAGGGCUUACCGGUGGCCGCUCGACCUCCUGGAAGAGGUCACAACCGGAAGCGCCUCCUCGGUUGCGGUGAACAGCGACUUCACGGCGGGAAUUUUCAGAGAAGCUUUCCCGCGGCUGGGGAGGGCCUUUUCUUCAGAGCAAAAGGGGGAAGUACGAGAGGGGCCGGGGGGAGCAGGCGGACAUGCCGCGGCUGGAGCCGUGGCGGCAGGGGGUGGGAGCGGAAGGGUGUUGAGGGUCUUGUACCCACCCACCGACGUCGAGGCGUACCCGGCACGGGGACACGGCGAAACGGCCCCUCCCUCGAAAAUGGGACCAAUCGUGUCCCUGAACCGAUUCGAGAGGAAAAAGAACCUCCCCCUGGCGGUAGAGGCCCUCGGAUGGGCCCUCGGUGAGAUGGGCGUCGAGGAGGCAAGCCUCAGAGGGCUCCGGCUCGUUAUCGCCGGUGGCUACGACAAGCGUGUACCGGAGAACGUGGAUCACUUGUCCGAGCUCGAGGCUUGCGCCGCAAGGCUCGGCCUGGACAGCCUCGUGGAGUUUCGGACUAACGUCGCCGACGACGCAAGGGCUGAGCUCCUGCGACAGGCGUCGUGCGUGCUCUACACCCCGUCCCGCGAGCACUUCGGCAUCGUUCCCGUGGAGGCGAUGUGUUGCGGGGCACCGGUGAUCGCGGUGAACUCGGGCGGUCCCCUUGAAACCGUCGUUCACGAACGCACGGGGUUUCUGUGCGAUGCCACCGCGGAGGCGUUUGGUUCCGCCAUCGUGCGCCUCGCGCGCGACCCCUCCCUCGGCGGAGCCAUGGGCGAGAGGGGACGGCGGCGCGUCCAGGAGAAUUUCUCGAUGGAGUCCUUCGCCGGAGCGUUCGAGGCGUCCCUUCAAGAACUGGCAUUUUCGUCUCCUUCUGGCGGAGUGCGAUUCUACGCUACCUUGUUUCUUGUGGGUGCAGCAGUUGCAGCUAUUGGGGCAACGCUUGCUCUGUAG